GUAACCGAAGCUCGCCUGUGCGAUGCGUGAGUGCUGUUCGUCUCGCCGAGUUCCUAAUGUGUCGUGCUGUGCAAAUUGUAAAUAAAAAUUCGAAAUGGUUUUAUGAAGUGUCAGUGUGUGUGUAGUUGUUUUCAUGCUCUACUCAGUGUAAAAUGUCUCAUCGUUUUCGGAAAAAUAUCGUGGGAAAGCGGUUCUUUGCUGUGUCUGCCUCCGAAAAGUUACGGAAAAAUAAUGUGAAGGGUUGGCCCUGGAUUAGUGGAUACAUUCGAGCAGCUUCCCUGAAGGAUAGCGAGGAUGAAAAAAUUCAGGUGCUGUUGGAAUACGACGAUAAACCAUGGACAACCCGCGAGUGGGUGAGCAUUUACUCGAAGGAGAAAUUCGGCAUUUUUCUCGUUGAAUCCGGCCUAUACUGGGCGCAAAGGAUCGACCCGUCGUCGAGGCGAACAGUCUACUGGCCCGCUCUGAUUUUCUCAGCGCUUGCCUCGACCAUCGAUUACAAGUCGCUGGUGGUGAAACCGAUUGAAUUUGUGAUGGAUGGUUUGAUCGCCUUUGUCAAUUAUGAAAAAUUGACCGCAUACGAGAACUGGGAGCAGAAGAUGGGGAAGUUGGGCGAGGAGCUGGAGGCUGUGAGGGAGGCCACCGAGCGGCUAGUCGAACGACAAGCCGGUCUCCAGAUGAUGAUGGAUACACCGAGUAUCCUCUACGGCUGCCGCGUCAAAGUCUACCGCACCUACGGCAUAGCCCAGUGGUACACCGCAGUCAUCGUCGGAUUCAACGAUGCCACACAGGAAUUAACCUUAAUGGACGACACUGUCUUAGAGGAACACUUUGAAGACCCAAGGCUGGUUCACAUGAAAAUAUUAGGAGACGGAGUUGUAAAUGGAAUCUUACGUGGUGAAAAUGUAGGCACAAGAAGGAGGCCGACCUCAAGAUACGGCGCUAGCUCAAUACCACCUCAAACCGACAAGAAUGCGCCGAAAGCGUCGAGCCGACGGCGCGUGCUCUCGGUGACGUCGGCGGAGCGGGACCGGGCGAACAAGGAGAAGAGCGGGCGCGUGAUCAGCUUCAAGACGCGCAAGAACUUCACGAAGAAGCGCUCGCGGAAGAAAACCAAGUCGCCGAAGUACCGCGCCAAGCUCGCCAGCUCCCGCCCGGAGAGCGGGAGCCCGCUGUCCCUCAAGACCCGGAGCAAGCGCGGCAAAGCCACCACCACCGAGGACGAGACCGAGGCCUCCUCGCCGCCCUCGUCCCCAGGGUCGGAGAACUCACCCUCCUCCUCAGGGUCGUCCUCCCCGGACUCCCCCAAGUCGCCGCCGCCCAAGUCACCAAAGUCACCGAACGUACCUGAAGUCCUGUUACCGUCGUCCAAGCGCAACUCGGAGCCCGUCUCGGAUUUCGAUAGCGAGGACGACUUGCCCCUCGUUCCGCCCUCGGCCCCGGCCCCGGCACCAGCGACCCCCGUUGUCGCCCCCGCAUCCCCGCCGCCCCCGCCGCCCCCGGCGCCACCCGCACCGGCACCCAAGUCACCCACCCCGUGUCGAGUCAGCCUCGAGUCUUCUUCUUCAAAUAAAGUCAAACCAAAACCGAAAAGUGUAUCCAAAGCGAAGAAGUGCAAGAAGAACGGUGAGAAUGUGGCUGUAGAAGAAGCUAAGGAAGAGCCCUGCAAAUCCCCAGCAGCCACCGCCGUAGAGAAGGAGAAAGAGGCGGAAGCGAAGGCGCGAUUAUCGGCACCCCCAUCGCCGGUAGAUCGUCCGUCGAGGCGGAGUCCGUCGCCAAAAUCGGAACCCGUCAAAGUCGAAGCGGAUCCACCCCCGAACCCCUCUACCGCCCCCGCACCGGCCCCGGAUCCGGCAGCAGAAGCGGAUACCAAGUGUGAAAGUGCGGAAGGAGAACCGGCCGCGGCAACACCGCCGGUCAGUGAUCUACGAGUGAGUGAUAGUGGUAGUGGAGUGAAGAGUGAAGCGAAGGAUACGCCGAAGGAUAAGGAUACCUGGAAGGAAGAGUGCGUGAAGGAGGAGUGCGUGAAGGAGGAAGAUGCGUGCGUGAAGGAGUGCGCGGCGAAGGAGCAGACGCAGCUCGAGCGCAUCGGGAUCGAGAAUGAAGGAGCGACGCUCUCGUUGUCGAGCAUCCCGUUGUCGGCCACUGUCAGAAGAAUGGACGAUGCCACCCCGAACAUCCUCCGGUUCCCCGACCGCGACGACCGCUCCGACUCGGGGCUGAGCUCGCUCCGCUCCGUCUCCGGCAGCUGCGCGAGCGGCGAUGAACGCUCCGGCUCGCGGAGCAGCGCCCUGAGCAGCUCGGACGAGCCCCCGCCCGCCCCGGGCCCCGGCCCGACGACCGGCCUCAACCUCAACCUCAACCUCGGCCAAAACCUGCAGAUCACCAGGUCCGCCCUAUUGGCCGCUAGUCACAGCCACCAGAACGAGAAGGGAGCAGAGGUGUGGCGCGACCCCAGCCUACUGCUGGCGGAGCCCGUGCGCCACGUGGACAGUGUGCAGCAUCAGUCGCUGCUCAUGUCGCAUCCUGCGGGGUCGGCCCCGCCGCAAGCCGCCAACCCUAGCGCCCACUACCCGCCGCCGCAGAGCAUCAUGAGCCCGCACCAGUUGUCCCUCCACCACCUGGCCCAGCCGAGCCUCUACUCGCAGAUCCCCGAGAUGCUCUUCGCCAGGCGCUUCUCCCCGCUCACCACCCACCCGGGCCACCCCGGCCACCCAGCCCACCCCGCCCACAACGCCCACCCCGCCGACGAGCUCAUGGACCGGGAACGAGCUUACCCCCAGGAACGACUCCUCAGAGAGAGACGUGAACAGGAGGUCAGAGAACUGGAAAAACAGCAGAAGGAGCGGGAAGUAGCCGCAGCAAGGGAAAAAGCAGCCUUAGAAAGAGAGAAACUCCUAGAACGCGAAAGGCAAGAAAGAUUUGAGCGCGAUAGAAUAGAAAAGCAAAAGCAAGCAGCUGAACAAGCAGUUCAUCGGCACUUUGAGGAAUCUCUAAGGCGAGCUUCUCAGAAGAGGAACAACAACAUGACAGUUUGGAAUGUUUUACCAGGCCACCAAGAGCAGGAUGAAAGAAAACGACUUCAUGACCAGCAACGAAUGAUUGUCGAACAAUCAAGACAGCAGUCACUGCACUACCCUCAAGUCAGAGCUCCGAAUCAUCCUCCUCCACCAGCCCAUAGCAGGGUUAAUGCUACUGUCAAACCGGUGGAAAAGCCAAGUUUGCCAAAAGCUGAACCUAAUUUUAGUAUGUUCCAUUACCCAGGCGGUUACCAACCUCAAUCUCAAAGAGGUUACCAACUUCACCCGGAAGAUGCCAAGCAGGAUCAACUAAAACAGGACCCUUCAAUGGUUAACAAGCGCGAUGAACGAGAUAUUAGCCUAUCGCAUGUGCCUCAAGCGCUCAUGAAUGACAUGAAGAAUACUGUGAUAGUGAAACACGAUGGUAAAAAUGUUCAUGGCCAUAUAGACUCAAUGAAACCACAAAUGAGGCAUUCUCCAAGUCCAAAACAACACUACCUCUCCCCAUCGACAACGCCAAAAACAGCUUAUGAAUAUCAAAAUCCUCACCAAUCGCAUCCUCAACAAAAACAAACUUUGGCUAGUAUAAGUAAAGUCAUGUACCCUAGACAAAGGCAGUCUCCGAGACCCUCUCCCAAAGUAUCACCUAUGACCAAUUAUCCUUAUCCUGCGCAAGUUCAUUAUGCCGCAGCAACAACACCACCGAAACCUAAAGUGAGUAGUCCUGCCCCCCCUCACAUUUACGGAAAACCCACUAGUGGAAUCAGUUCCGGCCUUCCAAUCCAUAGGCCGCAUGAUGCGCCUCUCCAGUUGGUCUCAAAGCCUUUAACUCCUUCACCCUAUACCCCCCUUCCUCAACAUUUUGUACCUCCCCCAAACACACCCUCACCUGGUCCACCACCACCGGCUCAUCGGACCAGCAGCCAAAUCGUGUUCCUUCCCAGUUCAAGUCAGCAGCAACCUUUAGAUUUGGGUGUUUAUUCAAGGCAUACGGAAGAAUUACCACGAACACAGCAGCCUUCGCCUCAACCUCCAGUCAAAGUUGAGCUGGAAUCGCAACCUACACCGCCACCAGUGUCAUUACCAACACCUGCGUCUACGCCUACGCCCACCCCAACUCUGGCAUCAACCCCAUCACCAGUCCCUGUAGUAACAUCAGCCCCUGUAUCUCCUAAACGAAAAGUAGAAACAAGUCAAGAAGAAGAAAGUAAGAAACCUCGUAUUGAAACGCCUCCUCUUUCAGUUCCACCUGCACCCAGUCCGAAUCUGGGGAGUGAAACAUCCAAUAGCCCUCGUCCGACAAGCUAUCCAGUACAUAAAUUAAAGAAAGCUUGGCUUCAGAGGCAUUCAGGAGAGCCCGAGUGUUCAGAAUCUAGUAAAGAUAUUGUAGGAAGUGGAUCCUGCGUAACGUUACCUAUAACUUUGAAUUCUACUUCUCCUGUACCUAGUGAUAUUAACCCUGUAACAACCUCAGCUUCGUCUUUUAGUAGUAUAGGUUCAAUGGCUGUCAAUAGCAUAAGUAAAGUGAAAACUAGUAAAAGUCGGAAACCUCCGAAAGAUUCACCACAGAAUUGUAGCACACUCAAUGGACAUGCUGCCGAUAAGUCCGUCAACGAAGAUGAUACCUCUAGUUCUGAAAAUGAUAGGAAGUCAUCACCUACGAAACGAAUACCCUCCAAACUGAAAAGGAAAAAAGGCAACAAUCAAAGGAAGCAAGCUGCCUCCGAGGAGUUAAAAAGGAAAAAGUUAGCCAGCACAAGUAGCACAGAUAGUGAUAGAGAAAGCGGUAGUGAAAAAGACUCGGACAGUGGGUCAGGAAAGAAAACCAAUGGCGGAUCAGUGGAAAAAAAUGGUUCUAAGGAUAACAAUCGUAAACGAGGUAGGAAGCCCAAAGGAAACAGCACCGGUACAAAAAACGAUAAUGGAGAGGGGUCGCGCGAAAAAAAGCCCCGAGACGAACCACCCACCCCGCAGCGUGACCCCUUGCAGAAACCUCCAUUUCAUCUCUUAAAAAAGUCCGGGAAAAGUUUUUUACAAGAUGGAUCGUGCCUUGAAGCUGCACCAAAACUUCCAAAAUGUCGGGAAUGCCGAUGGACACCUCACCAAAGAACAAAAAAUAAUCCUAGUAUAUUCUGUAGAUUUUUUGCAUUCCGCCGACUGCGUUAUACCAAAAAUGGCCAAUUAGCACUAGCUGGUUUCUCCGAUCCUCAUGAAGAUGCAUCUCAGGAUGACAUCAAACUGUGGCUGCCCAAUUCAGCUAGCCCGCCUUCUCAUAUUAGUACAGAAAUGUCCAGGUUUCUUCUGGAUCAAGUCGGUGACCAAUUUUGUGAUCUCCUUCAACAAGAAAAAGAAGCCAUCUCAAUACACAUGUCGGAAGAUAAGUCAAUAGCCUGGAAGCGGGUUGUACAAGGAGUACGUGAAAUGUGUGAUGUCUGUGAAACUACGCUUUUCAAUUUCCAUUGGGCGUGUGGCAAAUGUGGUUUCGUCGUCUGUAUAGACUGUUACAAGACGAGGAAGAAUGGCAAAACCAAGGUCUAUGGUGAUCCAGGGAAAGAUAGGGAUGAAUACUCGUGGCUACUUUGCACCAGUAAACAGCCGCAUGAACAGAAGAAUCUGAUGCUGACCCAAAUUAUUGCUGGUGAUGCUCUAAAUAAAUUAGGAUAUAAAGCGCACGAAUAUCGCGCAUUAUUUGGAAUCCCCAUCGGUUGUUCCUGUUCUGUUGCCAAUUCCCUGCAAACCAAUGGAUUUAGAAAUGAUGUGAAAGGUCGAGUGAAUGCAGACGGUGAGGUCUUAAACGGCCAGGUCAAGACGGAAUUUAAGAAAGAAUUGCAGGAUGGCAAGAAUGAUGAUUCACCCUUGAACUGGCUGGCAGAUGUGGCCUUGUCCAGUAGUCAUGAUGACAAGAAAGACGACUCCAAUAGCGGCAGUGAUAGCGAAGAUGCCAACUUCUCAACGUUGAGGGAAUUACUCAUCCGACCAGCUCACAAGGCCAAUGGUAGUGGUGCACCAUCUCCAGCUAAUAGUCCUCACUCUGAAUCUCCAGCGCUUGCCAAUAAUCCUAGCAACAACCAACCAAUCAAAUCUCAUUUAGAUACGUUAGACCAGGUCCGUUUGGUUUGUCCUAUGGCUAAUGUGAACAAUGUUCACAAUAGUGGCACAGUUCACAAUAGUGGCACAGUUCAGAAUGAUGUGAAAGGAGGUGAAUUAGAACAUUUCAAACGUCGUUCCAAUUUCCGACACCGAGAACAUCUACCCCCUCGACUCUGGACGCUUCUGGAGAGCAAGAAUCUGUACCCUGAUGUUCCACACUUGUGGCUCUGUGAAGGAAAGUUGUUGCGACUAUUAGAUUCUAAUCAUUCCGGAAAUGCCAGCAUUUUCCAAGAACAGUGGAAAAGAGGUCAGCCUGUGAUAGUUAGUAAUGUUACUUCUCGUUUAGAUAAAGACUUAUGGACGCCUGAGUCUUUCAUUAAAGAUUUUGGUGAUGUGAAGAAUGAUCUCAUAAAUUGUGCCACAGAUAACAUUGUACCCAAUCAGCCCAUGCGUAAGUUUUGGGAUGGAUUUGAGAAUUUGUCAAAAAGGCUCAAGGACGAAAAAGGAAAUCCAAUGCUAUUAAAAUUGAAGGAUUGGCCACCUGGUGAAGAUUUCGCCGAACUGUUACCCACACGAUUUCUUGAUUUGAUGAAUGCCUUACCAUUAGGUGACUACACACAGCGAAGUGGCUGUUUAAAUUUAGCGUCCCGUUUACCUGAAUGUUUUGUUCGACCUGAUCUGGGUCCAAAAAUGUAUAUAGCCUAUGGCUCUGCCAAAUGCUUCUCUCGAGGAACAACCAACUUGCAUCUGGAUGUUUCGGAUGCUGUCAAUGUGCUAGUCUAUGUCGGACUACCGAAAGACUCGGAGAAUGACGAUCAUAUUAAGGAGGCAUUCCGAGCAAUUGAUGAAGGAGGCUGUGAUAUUAUCACAAGGAGACGCGUGCGAGAAGCAGGAGAGGUGCCUGGUGCUCUGUGGCACAUUUACGCCGCUAGAGAUGCAGACAAAAUCAGAGACUUGUUAAACAAGGUGGCAAUGGAGCGUGGUGCUAGACUGGAACCUCACCAUGAUCCAAUUCACGACCAGUCAUGGUAUUUAGAUGCAACUCUGCGAGAAAAGCUCUACAAGGAGUACGGUGUUGAAGGCUACGCGAUUGCUCAAUGCAAAGGAGAUGCCGUAUUCAUCCCUGCUGGUGCUCCUCAUCAAGUGCGAAACUUGCACAAUUGCAUCAAAGUAGCUGAAGAUUUCGUCUCGCCGGAAAAUGUAUCUCACUGUUUCACACUGACGCAAGAAUUCCGUGACCUGUCCGAGCGGCAUCAAAACCACGAGGACAAACUUCAGAUCAAAAAUAUCAUGUACCAUGCAGUCAAGGAUUCCAUCUCAGUCAUGGAACAUCUGGCUGAAUCAAAGGCUGAUGUAAAAGACAUCAAGCCAAAAGUCGAAGCUUCUCCACCCAAUGAAACGGGGUUGUCUAACGAGGAUCCGUAAUUUUGUGCAGUGAACUAUUUGUUUUUCAUAAUUUUUCUUUCUUUUAUUACGGGUGUAGUGUUAAAUACAAGUCCAUGAAACUAAAAUUUUUCACCUUUUCUUAAAAAUAUCUGUACUGUAUAUUUUGAACACUUAACAAAUUCUUUAAUUUUUACAUUUUGCAACCUUUGUGGAGAUGUGCUUUCUGUGGUAAUUUCUUGUUUUGUUCUUUCAUUUUUUUCUUUAUUUAUUUGAUUAUUUUCUAUUAUCAUUUUCCUCAUCUCACGCUUUUAUAUUUGUACAUUCGUAUAUAUAUGUAUCGAAGUAUAUAUAGAUCUAUAAAUACUUGGAAUCUUUAUUAUUUGACUUUUAUCAAAUGAAUUGCCCUCUCAAGAGAGAAGAUUUAUCUGAGAUGAGCAACGUCUGUAUAUUUUUGAUUAAGUACGUUUGGACAUAGAUACAUUUUGAACACAAUGUAUCACUUUUGUAAAUUUUAUUUUCUUAAUUUUUAACCAAUACCGUCUGUGGAAAGCCUCUUUUAAUUGUUAAUGUAAAUAUUAUACAAAUCUUUCCAAAGAGCCUUUUGCCGACUUGUAUUGUAUAGAGUUACGGUUCAAAGAGCGAUGUGUACAGUGUUAAUAUUUGUUCAAUGAAGAAAGAUGAUAACUGCAAAGUAUACUAUCAUCUACGAUUUGUCAAAAGUUGAGAAUUUGUUUUUUUCUUUUUUCUUUAUUUGUGCUUAAGCAAGAGAAUGAGUUUAAGGACAACCUUGAAUUGAAGAAUAUCAAAUAUUUUUACGUUUUAAAGAUUUAAGAGAAAAAAGCAUUUUUGUGAUUAUUUUUCUUAUGAUUAUUCUUACUCUUAGGUCUAUCGAUGAAUACUUUUGCUUAGUAUUGUAUAAAUAUUGUAUUUACUAGAUAAAAUUACAGUGUAUUCUUUUUUAUGAAAGAAAUCUAAAGAAAUCAAUUGAAUUGUUCUCA